GGCUGGACGCCAGCCUGCGUCUCGCGCCAGAAAGAACCUUCGGACCCGGCCCCUCAGGGAGAGUCAGCCGCCUGGGCCGAGCCGCCGCCGCCGCCACCGCCCGCCUCAGCCGGCGCCGGGCGCUUCUCUCGGCUUCAGCUCCACUCGUCGUCCUCCAGGCGGCGCUGUCCGCGUCCAGGCCUUCCGGCCCGCCGUAACUCCACAACAUGUUGGGCAUCUCCCUUCGGGACCCGACACUGCUGCUAGCCAUCACCGUCCUUGGGGUCACCGUGCUGCUGUUGGCCUUAAAGACCAUGAGCUCCAGGAAGAAAGAUCUUAUCACCUUAGAGGACCCUAAUGCCAAGUACCCGCUGCCCUUGAUUGAGAAAGAGCAUGUCAACCACAACACCCGGAGGUUCCGCUUUGGACUGCCCUCACCCGAGCAUGUCUUAGGCCUUCCUGUAGGUAACUAUGUCCACCUCUUGGCCAAAAUUGAUGAUGAUUUGGUGGUCAGGGCUUACACACCUGUCUCCAGUGAUGAUGACCAAGGCUUUGUGGACUUAAUUAUAAAGAUCUACUUCAAAAAUGUACACCCUCAUUACCCUGAAGGGGGCAAAAUGACUCAGUACUUGGAGAAUCUGAAAAUCGGGGACACCAUUCUUUUUCGAGGGCCCAAUGGGCGCCUGUUCUACAAUGGGCCAGGGAAUGUCGGAAUCAAACCAUACAAAACCAGUGAGCCUGAAACGAAACUGGUGCGUCACCUGGGAAUGAUUGCUGGUGGUACAGGCAUUACACCCAUGCUGCAGCUCAUCCGCCACAUCACCAAGAACCCCAAGGACAGGACCAAGAUGUCUCUCAUCUUUGCCAACCAGACAGAGGAGGAUAUCUUGGUGAGAAAGGAGCUUGAAGAAAUUUCCAGAACUCAUCUAGACCAGUUCAGCCUGUGGUACACCCUGGACAGGCCUCCUGUUGGCUGGAAGUACAGCUCUGGCUUUGUAACCACCGACAUGAUCAAGGAGCACCUCCCGCCUCCUGGGAAGUACACGCUCAUCCUGGUGUGUGGUCCUCCACCCAUGAUCCAGACAGCCGCUCAGCCCAACCUGGAGAAGCUGGGUUACACCAAAGACAUGAUUUUUACCUACUAACAUCUCCCAUGUGCGCAGCGAGCCUGGCUUCACCAUGUUAAACUGGGCUGUUUGCAAAAAUGCCUCAUCAGUCCCCUUCCUUGGCCACACACACUUGGGUCUCCUCUCUUGAGUGUAAGACCAAGAAGGGUUCAAAAGGCUGGAAGCAAAAUGUCAUCUGAGGCCUCCUGGCUUGGAGGCUAGGAAGAGCUCCAUGCCUGUGUCUUUCUCCGUGGUUUCAUGAAAUAAACUCCAGUACACAGCAGGUAGCCUGUGAA